AUGUCGGCCGCAGCUCUGCUUGCCCGCGCAUCGGGAAGAUUGUGUCUGCAGUCGCUGAGGGCCAGAGAGUCUGUCGCAACUCCCGCCCUCUUCGGUGCCCUGAGCAGAUACUAUGCCUCCAAGUCUUUCCCCCCUCACACCAUCAUCAGCAUGCCCGCCCUGUCACCCACCAUGACCGCCGGCAACAUUGGUGCUUGGCAGAAGAAGGCCGGUGAUGCCCUGGCUCCCGGUGAUGUUCUGGUCGAGAUCGAGACCGACAAGGCCCAGAUGGACUUCGAGUUCCAAGAGGAGGGUGUUUUGGUGAAGGUCCUCAAGGACUCAGGCGCAAAGGACGUUGCUGUCGGAAACCCCAUCGCUGUCAUGGCUGAGGAGGGUACCGAUGUCUCAGCCUUCGAGUCUUUCACCAUCGAGGAUGCUGGUGGUCAGAAGGAGGCCAAGGAGGGCAGUGGACAGGAGGCCGCCAACGCUUCUGAGCCCCCAUCCAACUCUUCCGGCACUGCUCCCGCCCCCGCCCAGUCAUCUCCCGCUCCCCAGGCACAGGAGUCCGAGUCCACUGGUGAGCGCCUCCAGACCGCUCUCGAGCGCCAGCCCAAGCUCAGCCCCGCUGCUCAGAAGCUCGCCCUUGAGAAGGGUGUUGCAAUCAGCCAGGUCAAGGGCACUGGACCCGGUGGUCGCAUCACCAAGGAGGACAUUGAGAAGUUCAAGCCCGCUGCCACUGCCGCCGCUGCUCCUGCUGGUGUUGCUAGCUACGAGGACGUCCCUGCCUCGUCCAUGCGCAAGACCAUCGCCGCUCGCCUGACCCAGUCCAUGAACGAGAACCCCCACUACUUUGUCGCCUCAUCCAUCUCGGUCAGCAAGCUCAUGAAGCUCCGUCAGGCCCUGAACUCCGCUGCCGACGCCAAGUACAAGCUUUCCGUCAACGACUUCCUCGUCAAGGCUCUCGCUGCUGCUGCCCGCAAGGUCCCCGCUGCCAACUCCAGCUGGCGCGAGGAGAACGGCAACGUCUUCAUCCGUCAACACAACACUGUUGACGUUUCCGUCGCUGUCGCUACCCCCGUUGGUCUCAUGACCCCCAUUGUCAAGAACGUCAACGGUACCGGUCUCGAGUCCAUUUCCAGCCAGAUCAAAGAGCUCGGCAAGCGUGCCCGUGACGGCAAGCUCAAGCCCGAGGAGUACCAGGGCGGCACCAUCACCAUUUCCAACAUGGGUAUGAACGCUGCCAUUGACAGAUUCACCGCUGUCAUCAACCCUCCCCAGGCCUGCAUCAUCGCUGUUGGCGCUGUCAAGAAGGUCGCCAUUCCCUCUGAGAACGAGGACGGCAUUGAGUGGGACGAGCAGAUCGUCAUUACUGGUUCGUUCGACCACAAGGUCGUUGACGGUGCUGUCGGUGGUGAGUUCAUGAAGGAGCUCAAGGCCGCCAUCGAGAACCCUCUCAGCUUGAUGCUGUAA